AACUUUUGAUUGCCCAAACAAAUGGCUGCAUUGUGAGUUCUUUGUCCCCUUCAACCUCAUUUCAAUUCUCUCUCUCCCCCAUUCUUACUUCACCUUCUCCUCCUCCUCCUCCUCCUUCUUCAUUCCCUUUUCUUUCUCUGCACUCCAUCUUUCUUUCCAAAACCCACCCUUUUCUAUUCCUCUUCCUCUUCCUCCUUUUCCCUUCUUUUUAUUUCCUUACACUCACAACAUUUCCCUUAAAAUAAACAUAAACAAACCAGCACUGUUCUUGACCCCCAAAAAAAAAUCUCUACUAUUUAUUAACUAUAUUAAUUCCUCCAUAAUAUAAUCAUUUGUUUUCCUUGUUUUCUGUUUUCUCUUAUAAUAUAUAACCUUCUUUUAUCUAUUUUUUCUGUUUUGCACCUUGUGAUUGUGAGUUAUAUCUAUUUAUAUUUAUAUAUCAUUCUCUCUCUUUUUUUGGAUGUGUCUAUGGCUGGUUUGGAUUUAGGAAGCGCCUCACGCUUUGUUCAAAACCUUCACAGACCAGACUUGCACUUGCAACAAAAUUUCCAGCAGCACCAGGACCAGCAGCACCAGCGUGAUUUGGAGGAGCAGAAAACUCCUCCGAAUCACAGAAUGGGGGCGCCGUUCGACGAUGAUAGCGAUGAUAGAAGCCAGGGCCUGGAGCUCACUUCAGGUCCUGGCGACAUCGUCGGACGGCGCCCGCGUGGCAGGCCUCCUGGGUCGAAGAACAAGCCUAAGCCGCCCGUCAUAAUCACCCGGGAGAGCGCCAACACGCUGAGGGCGCACAUCCUCGAGGUCGGAAGCGGCUCCGACGUCUUCGACUGUGUCACCGCGUAUGCCCGGCGGCGCCAGCGUGGGAUCUGCGUCCUCAGUGGCAGCGGCACCGUCACCAAUGUCAGUCUCCGGCAGCCUGCAGCUGCCGGUGCCGUCGUCACGCUGCACGGCAGGUUCGAGAUUCUCUCCCUCUCUGGCUCGUUCCUCCCGCCGCCGGCUCCGCCGGGAGCCACCAGCCUCACAAUCUACCUGGCCGGCGGGCAGGGGCAGGUUGUCGGAGGAAACGUCAUCGGAGAAUUAACCGCAGCAGGGCCAGUAAUCGUCAUCGCAGCGUCGUUCACCAACGUGGCUUACGAGAGGUUACCCUUAGAAGAAGAUGAACAACAGCAGCAACAACAGCAGCUUCAGAUUCAGCCACCUGCAACGACGUCGUCUCAAGGAAACAACAACAACAAUAACCCUUUCCCCGACCCUUCUUCAGGACUUCCCUUCUUCAAUUUACCACUCAAUAUGCAGAAUGUUCAGUUACCAGUUGAGGGUUGGGCUGUAAACCCUGCUUCACGUCCACAACCUUUUUGAGAGUUCAUGAAGAUGUUGACGGAGGAUUUAUAUCACAAAAGGCUUUAUAUUAUUUUAAGUAGUGAAGAAGCGUGCUGCUAUGCUUUUGAUCAAAAAGUUCAAAACAAUUUGUAUGGCGCUUCAUUGCCCUCCAAGAAUUGCAUUUGAUUCUAUAAAGCACUAAUUAGCUUCAAGAAUAUUAUACGUCUACGCCCACAAAAAUCCGUAUAUAUAUAUAUACAUAUACACGCGCGCACUACUGAAUGUUGUAAUGUACUAUAAUAGCUUUUAGUAUUAAUUAUAAGCAGCAAUAUCUCUCUUUUGCACCUCUAUAUAUAUGUCUGUGGAGUCUGCACUCAGGAUAUAUGCCAUCUUAUUAGUUUGUAUUUGGCCAUUUGUUAUAUGAUGAGUUCCGUGCCAACGAUUUCGUAA